AUGACAAAUUCAAACUGUCCCAUUUCAUGUGAAAGUCUAAGAGAACUUUGUAAUUCACGUCUUUCAAGUGUUCUUGCAGAUACAUCUUAUAAAGAAUGUCAAGCGCAAUUAUGGAAUACAGAAAUUAUUCACAGUUUGCUAGAAGGAUUAAAAGCACUUGCACCUCGAUAUAAAUGGAUUUUAACAUCGUCAAUUAUUGAAACAUCAUCGAAUAUUUCACUUGGAAUACAUUCAGCACAAGGUGCUUAUUGGAAUUGCGAAAAAGAUGGAAUGUUAACGCAUGAAUGGUCAAAUCAAUAUUUAAGAGUUGUUCUUAGUCUGUCAUGGAUUCAACUAUAA